CCUAAGAGCUUAGAGCAAUCAUCUUGAGGUUUUGAAGAUUCUUAAUAGAGAAGCUAUCUAUUUUAGAAAAAAAUCUGACUACAGGAUGAUGAACAACAGGGAUGUGUACAAAGAGCUUCUCACAGGUCUCAGCUUCCUACUCUGAUGUUGCAACUGAUUACAGUAUCACCAGCAGCUUCAGCAAAGUCGAAAUGGAGAGACCAUUCCUUCAAACACUAGCAGCACAAUGUGAAGGGAUUUUUUUCCUAUGGUAACGUUGAGGCCUGGGGCCAACAGGAUGAGCUCAGAGAGCUUUCUCCCUUCUCAACAGCUUGGGCUCAUUUUAAUUGGGCUUUGUCUACUGUCUUUGGUCGAGACAUAUGGGUUCCGCAAAUGCACACAGUAUGAAUUAAACAUUCAUCACGUGUUCUGCAUUCGGAAGAAGAUCACCAAUCUGACAGAUGCCAUUGGUGACAUCCCUAGAUACACUACUCACCUCAAUCUUACACAAAACCAAAUUCAGGUUCUUCCUCCUCAUAGCUUUGCUAAUUUGUCUGCCCUGGUGGACUUGCGCCUGGAAUGGAAUUUCAUUUGGAAGAUUGGUGAGGGUGCCUUUAAGGAACUUGGAAACCUGACCUUUCUGAAUUUAGUAGAAAAUAAGAUUGAAAGUGUGAACAACUCCUUUGAGGGCUUGUCCAACUUGGAGACUUUGCUCCUGAGCCAUAAUCGUAUUACUUAUAUUCACAAAACUGCCUUUGUCCCUCUUGUCAAAUUAAAACAUUUGAGCCUGUCUCGAAACUUUAUCACCAUUUUUUCCAAUGUUCUUGAAGCAGUUCAGCACCUUCCAUGCCUGGAAUACCUUGACCUUACUAAUAACAGUAUCAUCUCCUUGGACCAACCAAGGUCAUUGGUGUCCCUGACCCAUCUCAGUCUUCAGGGUAACAAACUAAUGGAGUUAAAUUUUUCUGCUUUGUCACUGCCUAAUCUGACCACUCUGGAUGUCUCUCAGAAUAGACACCAAGUCAUUCAGAAUGUGGAUCUAGAAACUGUGCCCCAACUGAGGAACUUGAAUCUGAGUGGAACACUGGUGAAACUGGAGAUGCUUCUAGCCAAAUACCUUCAGAAUCUAAGAAAAAUGGACAUCAGCAACUUGGAGCUUAGAGGUAAUCACUUAAACUUGAAUACAGUGUGUCACCUCCUCAGAAACUUACCCAUACUAGAAGCAUUAGUUUUUCAGAAAAAUGUCAUUGAUGCAGGGGACAUAAAACAUCUUGCCAAUUGCACCAGGCUUUUGUCCCUUGACCUGAGCCAAAACAGUGAUCUGGUUCAUCUCAAUGACAGUGAGUUUGUUGCUAUGCCCAGCCUCCAAAGUCUGCAUCUAAACAAGUGCCAGCUUUUUGUCAGCAACAAGACCUGGAGUUCCCUACAGAACUUGACAUCUCUAUACCUGAGCCACAACAAGUUUAAAAGCUUUCCGGAUUUUGCAUUUUCACCCCUGAAGAGCCUACAAUCUCUGUUUCUCUCUAGAAACCCUAUCACACACCUCAAUAAUAUGGCCUUCAAAGGGCUGUAUUUAUUGAAGGAGCUCAACUUAGCUGGGUGCUGGAUAGUAAUGAUUGACAGUUCCUCCUUUGUUCACUUUACAAAUUUAGAGAGCUUAGAUCUUGGAGUCAGCAAUAUUCGUACUCUGAAGCACAGACCCUUUCGAUAUCUGAAAAAACUCAAAAUUCUGAUUCUGUCCAGGAACCGCCUGGAAGUUAUAGAGAACAGUGCAUUUUUUGGCCUCACUUACCUAUAUUAUCUUGACCUGACAUACAAUAGCUUGUCAGGUUUUCAUGCAGACCUUUUCUUGGGCCUUGAAAAUCUAGAAGUUUUGAAUCUCAGUUAUAAUAAAAUUUCAUAUGAAACCACUAGGACCUUGCCAUUUCCUCCAUUCAAUAACCUGAAGUCUUUGAAACAACUCAACCUUGAAGGACAAAAACAGGGGAUUCAGAUUGUUCCAACCAACUUCUUCCAAGGGCUGAGUGGCUUGCAGGAACUAUUCCUAGGAAAAAUUCGGGUAUUCCUGGAUCACCUCCAAUUUGACCCCUUGGUUAAUCUCACAAAGUUGGAUAUCUCAGGAACAAAAGCUGGAGACCGAAGUCUCUACUUAAAUACUUCCUUAUUCCAAAAACUCAAAAGACUGAAAAUGCUGCGUCUUGAAAACAACAACUUAGAGUCACUGACUCCCGGCAUGUUCUCUGGCUUAGAAAGCCUUCAGGUCUUCUCUUUAAGAUUCAAUAAUCUGAAAGUCAUUAAUCAAAGUCAUUUGAAGAAUCUGAAGUCUUUGAUGUACUUUGAUGUCUAUGGGAACAAACUGCAGUGCAACUGUGACAAUAUGUGGUUCAAAAACUGGUCAACAAACACGGCAGAUGUCCAUAUCCCCUACCUCCGGAGUUACCCCUGUCAGCAGCCAAAUACCCAGAGUUUGUUGAUAGAUUUUGAUGAUACCAUGUGUAAUUUUGACCUUGGAAAGGUCUACUUCUUUUGUUCCUUUAGCCUGGUCCUCACAACCAUGGUCUUCUCUUGGUUCAGUGCCAAGAUAAUUUCAUCUCUAUGGUAUGGACUCUACAUAUUUAGAGCCUGGUACCUGGCUAAAUGGCACAGGACAGAGAAGGAAUUCAUCUAUGAUGCCUUUGUCUCUUUCACUGCCACUGAUGAGCAGUGGGUAUAUGAAGAGCUUGUUCCAGCCCUAGAAGAUGGUGGCCAGCCCAAAUUUAAGCUCUGUCUUCACCACCGGGACUUUGAACCGGGUAUGGAUAUCUUUGAAAACAUUCAGAAUGCCAUUGAUACCAGCCGUAAAACUUUGUGUGUGGUCAGUAACCACUACCUCCACAGUGAAUGGUGUCGGCUUGAAGUGCAGCUGGCCAGUAUCAAGAUGUUCUAUGAGCAUGAGGAUGUUAUUAUCUUGAUCUUCUUGGAAGAGAUCCCAAACUAUAAGUUAUCCAGCUACCACCGACUCAGGAAACUUGUGAAUAGGCAAACAUUUAUUACUUGGCCAGACAAUGUUCAUGAGAGGCCACUCUUUUGGGCUCGAAUUAGAAAUGCCUUGGGCAACAGAACCGUGGAGAAGGACAAUGCACAGCUAAUAGUGGUCCAGUGACUGAAAGUCUUGUAACCUCAAAUCCAACUGUAUAAUGUUGCCCAAGAUAUGCGUAGGGUAAGAGGUUGACUGUUCUCCAGGGAGAAGGACAUGCAUGGAUUGCUCAUGACCAUAAGACCAGGACUAUUUGAAUAAUGUCCAUCAGGUAACUGGAAGAGUGAAGGGGACUGCCUGAAGAAGUUUCAGGAACCAGGUCCCACUAUUAGGGGACUAGAUAUCUAGAAGGAACACUUGUAUUAUCAAGUGGAAGUCUUGAAAUACCAGUCACCUGAAAUUCUGUGGACCAGGAGGCUCUGAUAUAUGCUUGAUUAGGGCUCAGUUAGUUUCUCCAAACCAGCUUCUGUUAAGAUAGAUUGAAUUGUACUCCUUCUAAGAGGCUAUAACAACAGAAACGCCAUGUAUAAGGUUUAGUAAAAGAAAAAACCCUGAUAAAACAAAAAAACAAAGCAUAAAAACAACAAAAAUGUAAAAACAACAAGAGCAGCAAAGUUGUUUGUGUCGUAUUGGGGAUAAUGCGCCAAAUGUCAUCUUUUCCUCUAAGUCAAAUUAUAAAAGCUAGGAAAAUCCUAGUUUGGAUACAUCUAUUUACUUCAUGGAAAGCAGACUUGAUGAGGUAGUAGAGCAAUGAUGCUUGUGGAAAUUAUCCCCUGGGUGGAGCAAAACAGGCUUCAUAGAGCAGUUUUUGGCAGCCAUCUUAAGACGGUGUGUAGACUCCAAUGACUGCGUGUUUCAAGCAUCAGACACAGAUCACUGUUAUGUAGAAGGCAUUGUUUAUUGAAAACAACACUCAGCAUAAGGGGCCAUGGCUCUGGCAUUAGGCCAAAGUUCUAUGGCAGAAAUUUUCUAAAAGAAAAAUGCUCCAAACUCCUACAACGAGAGAGCAUAGACGAACAGUUAAAGUUUAUAAACUAUAGUUUAUAGUCACAUGCCCAUGAGGUUGUCUUUUUCUGAUUUUUUUUUCUCCAGGAAGACUUUGUCUUCUUUCUCAAAUUUUCACCUUAUCCUUAAAAUUCUGGGAUGGGGUGGUGGAUCUUGUUGAAGAAAAGGUCCUGAAGGGCAGAAUUUUUAUUGACUGAGGUAGACAGAUGUCUACCUCAAUGGGUCCUAGUCAGGCCACUCAGUAUAAAGAGAGGUGGGCCUGUUUUUGCUGGAACUUGUAUGUGUUAGUGAUUAAAUCCAAAGUCAUCUGUUUUGGAAAUUGUGUGUCAUUAGCUAGGGGUUUGUGGGUUAAAUAUUACAUUGCAGCAAUGGGACAUGUAAGAACUAUCACAUUUUUGAGUUUCCUUUAAAUCAAAUAGUCUGAUUUUGAAGCCCUGUCUGGCUAGAGUGGGGAAGAUUUUAUUUUAUUUUAUUUUUCAGUGCUGGGGAUUG